UUUUUUUUUCGGGGUGCAGCAGUGAGACAGCAUCUUUGCCGGGUGACACAUCAUUAUCAGUGCGAGUGGACAAGCCUCGUAGGACACCAUGUCGGACAAAAGUGACCUAAAAGCAGAGCUUGAGCGCAAGAAGCAGCGCCUCGCCCAAAUCAGGGAAGAAAAAAAGAGAAAGGAGGAGGAGAGGAAGAAGAAAGAGGUAAGGAAAAAAUCAGAGAGCCAGCAGAAGGCAGAGGUGACCCCAGAGGACUCAGACUUAGACCGUAAGCGUAGGGAGACUGAGGCCCUCCUACAGAGUAUCGGCAUAUCACCGGAGCCACCUCUAGUCCCGACCCCUGUGUCCCCCUCCAAAUCAGUGAGCACACCCAGUGAGACAGGGAGCCAGGACUCAGCUGAUGGAGGAGCGACAGGAAGGUCAGGUUUCUCUAAAAACAAGUCCCAAGCACAGAGCUCAAGGACGCUGCAGUGGGACACAGACCCUUCUGUGCUGCAGCUGCAGGCUGAUUCUGAGCUCGGGCGGAGGAUGCAGAGGCUGGGGGCCUCUAAGAUCACACAGGUAGACUUCCUUCCCAAAGAGGUGGUCUCUUACAGCAAAGAGACACAGACGCUGAUCACCGCCCACCUGUCUGAAGUCGAGGAGGAGGAGGAAGAUGAGGAGAUGAUGGAGGCGAAGCCAGGCCCCGAGUCGGAGCAGCAGGAUGAAGACGACAACAGGGAAAACAAAGAAGGCUCUUUUCCGGUGCUGAGGGAGCUGACAGAGGAGGAGAGGCAGCAGAUCCUCCACUCUUCUGAGUUUCAGAGUUUCUUCGACUGCAGCAUCCGAGUGAUGGAGAGAGCUCUGGCCGAAGACAGCGACAUCUUCUUCGACUACAGCGGCAGAGACCUGGAGGACAAAGAAGGAGACUUGGGCAGCGGCUCCAGUCUCUCUUUCAGUAGGCUCUUCUAUGAUGAACACUGGUCGAAACAUCGCGUUAUCACCUGCCUUGACUGGUCUCCUCAGUAUCCAGAGUUGCUGGUUGCCUCCUAUAACAAUAAUGAAGAUGCGCCUCAUGAACCGGAUGGCGUUGCCCUGGUAUGGAACAUCAAAUUUAAGAAGGCCACUCCUGAGUACAUCUUUCACUGUCAGUCUCCGGUGGUGUCUGUGGGCUUUGCCAGGUUUCAUCCUAACCUGGUGGUGGGGGGUACUUACUCCGGGCAGAUUGUACUUUGGGACAACCGCAGUCACCGUCGGACCCCUGUCCAGAGGACUCCCCUGUCUGCUGCUGCACACACUCAUCCAGUGUACUGCGUGAACGUGGUUGGCACCCAGAAUGCCAACAACCUGAUCACUGUGUCUACAGACGGCAGGAUGUGCUCCUGGAGUCUGGACAUGCUCUCCCAGCCGCAGGAGACGAUGGAACUGGUGUACAAUAAAUCCAAGCCUGUGGCGGUGACAGGCAUGGCCUUCCCCACGGGAGACGUUAACAACUAUGUGGUGGGGAGUGAGGAGGGCACUGUGUACACUGCAUCCAGACAUGGCAGCAAGGCAGGUAUCUGUGAGAUGUUCGAGGGCCACCAGGGGCCAGUGACGGGCAUCAGCUGUCACAGUGCAGUGGGCACCGUCGAUUUUUCCCACCUCUUCAUCACAUCAUCCUUUGACUGGACUGUCAAACUCUGGAGCACCAAGCACAACAAGCCUCUGUACUCGUUUGAGGACAACGCCGACUACGUGUAUGAUGUCAUGUGGUCACCUGUGCACCCUGCGAUCUUUGCUGCCGUGGAUGGCAUGGGCCGCUUAGACCUGUGGAACCUCAACAACGACACUGAGGUACCAACUGCUAGUGUUACCAUUGAGGGUGCGUCGGCUCUCAACAGGGUCCGCUGGUCUUCAGGAGGGAAGGAAGUGGCUGUGGGUGAUUCAGAGGGCCGAGUCUGGAUCUAUGACACUGGAGAGCUGUCGGUGGCUCACGCAGACGACUGGGCACGCUUUGCCCGCACCCUGAUGGAGAUUCGCGCUAAUCGGGCGGACAGCGAGGAAGAGGGUCCUAUGGAGCUGGCUUCAUAGACCAGGACUCCGAAACCAAAGCGGAGUGAAUCAAGAGACCUGGUGUGCUUUUAUCGGUGUCACUGUAGCAUGUGCUUCUCACUCAAGUUUUGUUCCAUUUCUCCACCUUUACGUUCACGUUCCUGUCCUGUCCAAACGAGACGCAGCUUUUAUUGUAUCUUUGCAUUUGCUCCCCUGUAAAUGCAAGCUGUCUGUUAAUGGGUAAACUGUUGACUCCUCCUGAUUUGUCCACCCUUAUUUAUUCGUUUAAUGACUUAAAAUGAUGUGUCGCAUGCAACUCGUGAGCCUACAGUAUAUACAAAGUGGCAGUCUUAUAGCCUUAUGAAGAUAUGUGUACUGUAACAACGCUUUGCACUACUGUAAAAAAAAAAAAGAAACAAAGCAGGGUCCAUAGACUAGUCAUGUAUUGUUUAAGAAAUGUCACGGUCACUUUACGUUGUGCUUCUUUUCUCUGUAAUUUAAGCCUGCAUGCAACUCAUUCUUGAAAUAUUCCAGAUGCGUAAACAUGGAGCUAAUAAUGGUGACGUUUUCACACGUGGGGCUUCGUGGCUGCUGUGUGUCAGUGUUUCAGGGUGUCAGAAACAGGUGUGGUUUUGGCACUUUGGUCUUUAGUUCUGAGCGAGAGCUACGGCUGUAUAUUCUUUCAUGAACUGUAACAGUUAAUAAGAGGUAUAUUGUAAUGCAGAGUGC